CCCAUCACUUCCAGAAAAAAGAAGUUGCUUUUGGUGCAGUCAUGGGUUGAGUAUAUAGCAGCAGACAACGAAAAAGAGUUGAAGGCAUCAGAAGGCAUGUAUGGUUAGGAGAAUCCUGAUGCACUCGAAACUGGAAAACCUGGUGUCCCUACACACAUAUCAUCGACUGCUUCUUUCGAUCUGUAAUCAAUAAGAGGAGUGAUCGAUGACCCCAUCUGCCUCUAUGAUAUAUGCUAAAGCAAUCCAUAAGGUGAGAUCGACGGCCUUUAAAUCUCAGUACCUGAGCAUUAAAUGAGCUGCAGAAGGCAGAAGUCAACACCUCCUCACUUCUCCAGCUCUUCAUGGGGUGCAGGACAUGUGGAAGGCCAGAGGUGAAACAUAGGAGGGGAUUGUGGUCGCCGGAAGAGGACCAGAAGCUGAGGGAGUACAUCCUUAAGCAUGGCCAUGGUUGCUGGAGCUCAGUUCCAGCCAAAGCUGGGCUGCAACGAGAUGGGAAGAGCUGCAGAUUGAGGUGGAUCAAUUACCUGAGGCCAGGAUUGAAGCGUGGUAGCUUCUCUCCCGACGAGCAGGAGACAGUCAUGAAGCUUCAUGCUGCGUUGGGCAACAAGUGGUCUCUGAUCGCAACGCAUCUUCCUGGGAGGACAGACAACGAGGUGAAGAACCACUGGAACUCCUACCUGAAGAAGAAAGCCGUCGAGAUCGAUGGAUCGACGUCGUCUUGUUCCUCCACAUCUUUCACGGCAUCAAGUUCUCAAUCCUCCAUGAUCGAGUCACGUGUCCCUGAAAACCUCAACAACGAAGUCCCAUUUCCGGCCUCUUCAGAGGAUGGGUACUCGUCCUUGUUCGUCUCGCAGCUCACCAGCCAUGGCUGCUCAUCUUUUGGGACUCCACAACCUCCCGUCGCCAAGGUCAUAUUUGCUGACUGGUUACCAGCAGACCAUGCAAAUGACCACAUCUCAUCAUGUUUCCUCGAGGAACACCACCAAUUGUGCCAGGAGACACUCCAACCUAAAUCCUCUCAAGCUGCCUUAUAUGAAGAUUGGAGAUAUCUCAGUGGCCACAGCUUGUCACAUUCAGAUAUCUCAGGUGUCGAAACCUUGCAGGUGGAUGAAACAUCACAAUCUGAGAUGGAGAAACGAUGGGCAACUCAUCAGAUCCUCUUUCCUUGGUUCGAUUGAUUGAUGAACUACGAGGAGGAUACGCAUGAUGGAAGAAGAAUUAGGCGAGAAACAACCUCGAUUUUGUUUGUCAGGACUCGCCUAUUAUGAAUGUAAUGAAGUCCAUUAUGUAUCGUCAUCCAUCAUGAUCUUUAAUUUGGUGCAAACUUAUAUAUCAAUCAUCAAAAUCGAUACA